AGCUACCGAUGGUUGGACCUUGACAAGACCCUGCCUUAAACGUUCUUGCCUGCGAUUGGCCUGCUUUGGUGUCAGUUAGCUCAUGGGGGAAGUCAGCACAGGGGAAGAGGUGCGUGUUAUCGGAGCAGCAGACGCCGUCGCCACUAGAGAAGUGGUUUCAAUGUGCGAUGAGGGUCCGCGGUUCAGUGUCAAGGAGUACAGGUUUGCGGAAGAGCAGGACGAGCAAGAAAGAGAAGAGCCGAGGCCAGAGCUGGUGGUGCUGAUUCCUGAGGUCCUGGAUUCCCAAUAUGGCAUGUACGUUUGGCCCUGUGCUGUGGUUCUUGCUCAGUACCUAUGGUUUCACAGAAGAAUGCUACCUGGCAAGAGAAUUUUGGAGAUUGGAGCAGGCAUGAGCCUACCUGGUAUAGUAGCUGCUAAAUGUGGGGCCGAAGUGAUACUGUCAGAUACUGAAGAACUGCCUCAGUGCUUGAAGAACUGUGAGCGAAGCUGUCAGAUAAAUAACCUUCUAGGGGUACACAUUAUAGGACUUACAUGGGGCCAAAUAUCUCCCAAUCUGCUCUCUCUGCCUCAAGUAGACAUUAUUCUGGCCUCUGAUGUAUUUUUUGAACCAGAAGAUUUUGAAGAUGUUAUAACUACAGUGUACUUCUUGAUGAAAAGGAACCCAGAUGCUCAGUUCUGGACUACAUAUCAGGUCCGAAGUUCUGACUGGUCUAUUGAAGCUUUGCUGUACAAAUGGAAGUUGAAGAACAUCCACGUUCCCUUACAGUCUUUUAAUGCUGACAAGGAACAGUUGGCUACCUCUCCUCUCCCAGGAAGACACACCAUUGAAAUGAUGAUCAUCUCACUAGCAGGAGCAAGCUACACUUCAGUUUCUGCCAGCUGAUGGUUCUAAUUCAAGAAGGUACCUCAGAAAACUAGACUGCACUCCACUUCAAGCAACUUUUGGAUAAACAGCAUUUCCAUUUGUGUGGAGAAAUUAAUGCUACUUGAUCAAGAGGCAGGGAAAAGGUUUGCUUACCACAAAACAGAAUGCAUUUCCUCCACAGAUCCAUGCUACUAAAGUAAUUUAUCAUACCCCUAAAUGGCUUUAGUGUAAUUCUUGUGAAAGCAGGUAUACUAAUUAGUACAAUUUUAAACAGAAUUAUUUCAUCUUAUCUUGCAUUGUAUGAAUAAGAUCUAUUGAAAGUAUUUGGUUAUGACUUUCUUCUAAAGAGUUGUGUUCACACCUAGAGAAUAAAAUUAAGAGGAUUUUUACAUCUACUUUAAUUGCAUCACAGGUAUAGGAGAAAGACUAAGUGAAAUUCUGGCAAAACAUUCAUGUCUACAUACUGUAGCUUACCAUGCUGAUUUAUAAUGGCCAGGUUGUGAUUUUCUUCAAAGUUCAAGUUAGGAACUUGACUAUUACAUGUUCAGCCUGAAAGUUACUAUUUCUUACCCGUUUUCCAGUUUAAGAGCUAAACAUAGUGUACUAACAAUUUAACUUUAAGGAUCUAAACAAUGUUCAUGCAGUUACCCUUUCUGUAUUUAAUAUGUAAUUAUGUGAAUAGUAAGAUUCUACUGGAACAAAGUUCUAGUUUAGUGGCUCACAAUUUACUUUAGACAUCUUAGGAUUAGAUAGACACUAAUUUUUAGAGCAUCUACACAAAGUUAAUUCCAUUGUUGACAUUUGUUGUAGAACAAGUGCACCUUGUUUCUAUUUAGAAUGUGCACUUUCAAGACUGCAUUAACUUUAAAAAUUUAGACAAGCCCACUGAUACUCAUAUCCCUGUUAAGUCUGAAGAUUAGGCAAUCAAGACUUUUCAUUAGAUGUGCACUGAGGCAGCAUUUUGAUAAACAGAUAGUUUUCUACAUAGUGCUUGCAGGCUGCAAUUACAACUCCAUUGGUGUCUAGCUCAAAAAUACUACCAUUACUUCUCACAAGAUUAGCCACCUUCACUUUUAAGCUGGCACAAAGGCAAAUCCAACAAGUACUGUUUUUCAUUACUUGUUCUUUUAACAAGCAGGACCUUCAAGCAACCAGGUCUGCCACUUGGCACCUUGCCUAUGCUGUCAAUAUUUAAAGUUUGUAUUGUUCAAAAAGAAAUGUUUGUUACCAAGAUGAUAUACUAAACUUAGUAUUGAAACAGCUACUCCUUGUUGAUACAAUUUAAAAGCAAUGGACAAUAAUAAGUUACUGAAAAGAAGUUAAACAUUCACAAUAUAAUUGCUGAGAUCUUUAUAAGCUAAAAAUAAAUGUUGACUCGGACAUUAGAUUGAGAAAAGUUAACACCAAGAAAAAUGUUUAAUAACUACAGGGACAGUGGUUAUAGUACAUAAUGUCAUAAGCAAAAGAUACACCAAUCAGUACUUACAAAGGAAUGAAACAUUUGCUCUUAACAUUACAUUUCUUAUAUGCAAGUUCAUAAAAGAAGAUGGUAAGAUUUACCAUUCUGGAAAAAAUAAGGUGUGUAUAUCAUCAGCUAGAUGUGCUCACUGUAUGCUCCAUUAUUUUUAUGCAAGGCCCGGGUGACUGGAAGUGCAGUUGUCAGGCAUUUUAAUUAACUGGACAGCCAUUUGUUUCUGCACGACAAGGCAUCGUUACACAGGAGCAAUCAGGAGAAAACAGGAAACAGCCAAGCACUCUGCACUGCAACACGCCACCUUAACAGCUAACCAGCAUUACUCAACUGCUACACAACUGCGCCUAGUGCACAAAAAUACAUAAGAGAAGAGAUUAGAAUUGAGUCUGAUAAAACAAUCCUUUCAAAAUCAACUGUCACCUGAAAAGUUUUAUACAAAUGUGGAAUAGACGAUACUAUUUAAAUUCAAAGCAAAUAGCAUUUACAAGAAGUUUACAUCUGAAAAAGUUUUGCAGAAUUUUAUUUAAGGAAUGAAGGCAAAUUGAGAACACUUCCUUGACAGUCAGCUACUCGGCAUGUAAUGGCUGCAUGUUUCCGCAACAUGAAACUUGAGGCAACAAAUUAAGUUACCAUCAGUUUUUUUUUUUUUAAA